UGUCAUGGUACUAUCAGGAUAAUGCACAUUUUGGCCACUGAACCUUUCUCCAAUUUUAGGUUUAUUAUCGUGUAUUUCUAUUCAUUUACCAUCAGGCAGACUAUACCUACGUCUAGUUUUCACUUCUAAGAAUCCAUGGCCGUGGAAGUGUAUUUCUUUUCUUUUUGGUGGAGAAGCUCGUGUGCAGUGAAAAAGAAGAAAUCUAGCCUAAUCAUCAGACAAAAGUUUUACUGUUUUAAUUCCUUAGGUAAUAUUAAAAAAUAUAUAUAGAAAAACACAAAAACUCAAAAGCUAUUGGCCCAAUAUUAACAACCAAAUGGGGCUAAUAAGCUUCAAAAUCAAACAGACUCAUGCGUAAGCUUUAGGGCCUGUACUUAUUCCAUCCUAAUGUAUUAAUUGUUAAACAAAUCGGAGCGCCCUUUCUCUUCCGAGUUAAACUCAGCCGUCUUACCCAGCCCUCGUUUUCCCUUUUUUCUUGUUCUUUUAUUAAACCCUUGUUCUAUUUAUUUUUGUUGAGCCUUUGUUCUUUUUCAGUUCUACUACCCGUCGGCAGCUGUGGUGCUGCUUUCCCCCUGCUUCAUAACAUAGAAAGUUUAGCGUUCAUUGUUUUCUUUUUCUUCUUUUUUCCUUCAAGUUUCUCAGAAAGCCAAAGGGGUUGCUUACAAAAGCUUUACUAAAUGCAAUUGUAUAUCCAAAGUUCAACUUUUAGUUCAGACUUUCCAUUCCUUUUUGUUUAUCUCCUGCAGUUACUUAUCCAUGUAGAAUUUGCGGAAAGUUUCGUUUUCUUGUGAGUUUUUCUACUUCCUGUGCUCUAAAGACGGUAGAUUUCUUUGAAGAAGGCGAUACCCAUGUUUCCGACUAUCCAGAAUUGCAGCGCAGAAUGCAGAGUUAUGCUACCUCAGUACUUGAAAUCAGAGAACGUGUGUUGGCAAGAGUUAGUUGAAAUGUAUAUGGCGAUGAAAAGAUUUGGGCCUCCACCAAAUGCAUCCACUUUCAAUACCCUCCGUAGUGGAAUGCUAAAUCUUGGUAAUUUGAAACGUGCAACUUUUAUUGUUGAAGAGAUUUACAGGAGUCAUUUUGUGCCGUCAUUUAGUUCUUUGUUGAAAACCUUGAAAAAGGCGGUCCAAGUAGGGAACUUACUUGAUGGUCUUACUGUUUUUGAGCUUAUGUUGUGGUAUGAUUAUCCCCCAACAGAACCAACUUUGAAUAAAUUUAUUUCAAUGCUUUGUGAAGCCGGGAUGGUUUCCGAGGCUUGUUUUGUGUUCUCUGUUCUUUUGAGGAAGGGUUAUGUUUAUGGUGCAUAUUGUUACAAUCCAAUUCUAUGGGCUUUAUGCAAGUCUGGUCGGAGUUAUAUUGCUUUGCAAUUGUUUUAUUUGAUGAAGAAGAAAGGGUUUGUUCAUAAUGUAUGUUCAUAUACUGCUUUGAUUUAUGGGUUUAGUAGAGAAGGCUUGGAGGAUGAUGUUUUUCUAUGUCUGGAUUUCAUUCCAAGUGAUAGCUGUAAGCCUAAUGUGAUUACAUACAUGAUAAUUGUUAAGUUUCUUUUUGAUAAUGGGAAGUUUGAGUAGGCUAUAGACUUUGUGGGUAAGAUGGAAAGGGAAGGAUGUGCUCCUGAUCUGCUUACUUAUAAUAUUAUUCAUUGUGAACUUUGCCAUAGAGAUAGACUGGCUGACAUAUCUGAGUUCAUUUAGGUAAUGGAUCAAAGAGGUCUUUCUCCUGAUUCAUACUCAUAUGCUGCUCUUUGUGGAGGACUACUAAUAAUAGUAAAAGUAGGGAUUGUGUGCAAACGAUUGCUUGAUAUAAUUUCCAAUGGCUGUACUGUUGAUGCUGCUGUUUAUAAUAUCUACUUCCAAUGUUUAUGUCGAGGGAAUAAAUCAUGAGAAGUCUUAUCUUUGUUGAAGAGCAUGACGGAAGCAGGCUUUAAGCCAAACAAUGUGUCAUAUAACACAAUUUUGAGUGGCUUUUGUAGAGAAAGCAAUAUUAAUGAGGCUUUGGAGCUCCUGGACAAUUUUUAGUGGGAAGAAAAUGGGCCUGAUGUGGUUUCUUUCAAUAUAAUUUUGUCGACUGCAUGCAGGCUGGGAAACUCUGCAAUAAUCCAAAGGAUCUUGUAUCAUAUGGAGUAUGAACACAUUAAGCUUGAUGUUUUUAGUUUGUCUUGUUUGGUUCAAUAUCUCUGCACAAUUGGAAACUUUUCAGAGUGUUUAAAUUAUUGGAGUCCAUGAUGCAUAAUUGUCAUACUCCAACUGUAGUCAUCUUCAAUAUGCUGCUACAUAACCUUUGCAAGAAUUAGUUACUUGGAAUUGCUUAUUGGAUUUUCAAGAACUUAAGAAACAUCAAGUUCCUUCCUAACGUGACUUCAUACAACAUUCAUAUCCAUGCUUCUCUAAGAGAGAACAAUCACCUUUUGGUUGGUCUAUUGUUGAGGGAAAUGAAUAGACAGAAACUGAAACCUGAUGUUUUUACCUACGGUUCAUUAAUUAGUGGCCUUUAUAAGGAAGGGAAGAUAUCAGUUGCUCUCCAGCUGUGGAAUCAAGUGCUAGAGAGGGAUUAUUUCUAGUGUUGUGAUUUACAAUACCAUAUUGCCGGCAGUGUUCAAGAGAGGCAAGUUUUGGGACAUUCUCUCAUUACUUAAAGUCAUGGUAGUGGAGGGGUUUCAACCUGAUGAGGUAACUCUAGGGAUCCUUAACCAAGUAGUUUCAAACGGUAGGAUGAAGAGAUUUCCUAAAGUUGCUAAAGUUCUGGAGUGGGUGAUAAGCAAUGACUUUCAGAAAGAAACAGAUCAAAGGGAAGUAGCUGGCUGACUUAUCUAGUUUUUGAAGUUUCUUCUCAUAUUAUUGCUCAAAGCAUUUAACUAUGUCUGUCUUGGUACUUUUGAAGGACCUUUCUGAAGUAGAUUCAAGAAUGAAUUGGUGUAAGGGAAAAAUCCAUGGAUUCAGAGACAUUGAUUUGUCUUUGCAUCAAUAGUGGCGUCAAACAUCUUAAUGUCGGGAAGGUUAUGAUGAUGAACGGGAAUCAGGGUGAAAAACUGAAGAAGCAAAAAUUGUCCAGAAGAACAAUUAUUGAAUUAUAUCCUCAAGAACUUGACAUGAGUGUGAUAAGUCAUCACUCAGCAGCUAGGCAUCUCUGUUCCACAGCAGCUCUUUUCGUCCACCUAUUUUUUGUUUUCACACACAGUUUCUUUCAUUACUUCAGCUGAAUAGUAAGCACUCCUAUUUGGACAUGCUUUAUAUUUUGCUCCAUUUCUUAAGUUCUCCUUAGAUUACAAAUGAUGGUGAUUUAAAUUUAUUGUUUACUCAUACGUAAACAAGUAAUCUGUCUGUAGCAUAGCUAUAUCUAAACUUUAUACUUUCUUUUCUAUUCAUUUUAAACUAUCGGUCUAGCAAUUUAUUAAAAAAAUUAAAGAUCAUGGUGUACAACAUAAAUGCAUUGCUUGCAUGUAUUUUUGAACUCCUCACCUGUCUAUAGUUAGAUUUAUGUUUUCUCCUUCAUUUGACGCAGUCAUGGAGGCCAUCCACGACCGUGAGUGCCCUAGCUAGACCCAUUGAAGAACUGGUGGAUCCAAAUGUCAUUCAAUUGGCACUUGGUGCCAUGUAUUUGUUCUCCCUCUUGUUUUAUCUGUGCGUAUAUAUUUGUGUAGACAUCCACAAUUUCACCUCCCUUGUCUUCAUCCGACCGAAAUUCAGAUAUUCGUUGUUCCAACAUGAAAUGCUUUUCCUUCUAAAAUAAAUCAAUAAAUUUGCAAUUGAACUUUCUUGAGCAAUUCCUUCUAAUUCGAAUGAACGUUUUCUAAUCUCCAGUCUUGGUAUUUUAAACGUCCUUCAAAAGAGCUAAAGGUCCAAUUCGAUGGCGUUGCCCUUAAAAAGAAAGGCAUAUGCCCCUUUGAAGCAGCAUCCAAACAAUGUCCUAUGAUAUAGCUUUUUAUUUGCAUUGAUGCGGUACCUUUCAUUGUAAAAUACAAAGCAUGAUUUCCUAUGAAGAGGGAAAAAAGAAUAGGAAAAUCAAGCACCAAAUUUUAAAAUGAAAAAAAUAAAAAUAUAUGCUUUUAAGACCAAUCACCAACGUAAUGAUAUUAGUUUAAUUUCCGUUAGUUUCGGUUAUAUAAACUGAAGUCUCCAACAAACCCGGUCCUUUAACUCUUAAGAGUACUGAUCCCAUUGACUCGGUUCCAACGUGGUUUACCAGCCAUAUUCACCAGAGAGAUAAGACAAAAAACUCCGAACCCCUUUCACAUUCUUUCUUUUUUACUUUUUCUUUUUUGUCUUUUGUUGUUGAAUAACAUGAAAUUUUGAAUCUGUCCAGCAUGUCUUAUCAACUUCUUUAGACAAUGUUAAUGUUGUCUGCUGGAAAAGUCUCCAUUUUUCAUGUUCCAAAGUUAGAACAGUUAUCUUGAAAUUUAUAGAUCUUGUUCUGCAGAAUUUUGAUAUAUAUAUAUAUAUAUAUAUAUAUAGAGAGAGAGAGAGAGAGAGAGAGAUUUAAGGAAAAGUUCGUGUUUUUAUGAUCUGGGUUUUCAGUCAAAUUGUUGAAAUUUUGAUGGUUUAUAGGAUUUGGAUCUAAUCAUAAAGAGAAUAAAGAAAAAUGGGGGUGGAUUAUUAUAAUAUAUUGAAGGUGAACAACAAUGCAACAGAUGAUGAUCUCAAAAAAUCGUACAGGAGAUUGGCAAUGAAAUGGCAUCCUGACAAGAACCCGAACAAUAAAAAAGAAGCCGAAGCCAAAUUCAAGCAGAUCUCUGAGGCAUAUGAGGUCUUGAGUGACCCUCAAAAAAGAGCAAUUUAUGAUCAGUACGGUGAAGAAGGGUUGAAAGACAUGCCACCACCAGGCAACAGCAGACCAUUUGGAAAUGGCACUGGUGGGCCACAUGGGUUCAAUCCUAGGAAUGCAGAAGAUAUCUUUGCAGAGUUCUUUGGAAGUAGUCCUUUUGGAUUUGGGUCAUCAGGACCUGGUAGGUCUUCAAGAUUCCAGUCUGAUGGAGGGAUGUUUGGAGGAUUUGGUUCAACCGACAAUAUUUUUCGAACUUCCAGUGAGGGGACUGUGCCCAGGAAACCUCCCCCAGUUGAGAGCAAAUUGCCUUGCAGCCUAGAGGAGCUGUACACUGGAUCAACAAGGAAGAUGAAGAUCUCUAGAACUGUUGUCAAUGCAGCUGGGCGGCAAGUACAAGAAUCAGAAAUAUUAACCAUUGAUGUCAAGCCAGGGUGGAAGAAAGGAACGAAGAUUACUUUCCUGGAUAAAGGAAAUGAGCAGCCAAAUCAGCUUCCUGCAGACCUUGUAUUUGUAAUUGAUGAGAAACCCCAUGGAUUUUACAAAAGAGACGGCAACGACCUUGUUGUUAACCAAAGGGUAUCACUAGCAGAGGCACUUGGGGGCACAACAAUCAGUCUCAUUAGUCUUGAUGGCCGCAAUUUGUCAUUUCCUGUAACUGAUAUUAUCAAUCCGGGUUAUGAGCUUGUUGUUGCUGGAGAAGGAAUGCCAAUAGCAAAGGAGCCUGGUAAUAGGGGUGAUCUUAGGAUCAAAUUUGAGGUGAAGUUCCCUACAAGGUUGACACCAGAGCAACGAGCUGGACUCAAACGUGCUCUAGGGGGUUGAAGUAGGAAUAUUUCGUUUGCAGCAGCCAUUACUUUCAGGCAGAACUCAAACACCAAAGCUGUCUCUGAUAUAGUAAUAGACCGGCAUCUUGGAAAAAAUCCAACCCCUGUAACCUAAUAUUGGCUAUUUUUUUUCAUUCUUUUCCUUCCCAUCUUUUGUUGUGUUAUUGCUUAUAUUCUUGAGACGUAGGGGGUUGAAAUUUUCAUUGUUGUCCUUUAUUCUUUGGUUUGUAACUUGUCUGUCCAUCCAAGGUCUAUAUCUGCAACAUGUAUAAUCAUUUUUCCUUUUUGUUUGUAAUUGUAACUUUUACAAGUGAUAAUAUAUGGAUUUAUACAAAGACUAUGAUCAAUUACAUGUUUGAUCAAGAGAACUUCAUCCCACUGCCUCCCCCUCAGCUCCAAGAAUCAAAAGUCAAAAGACAUGUUCAUGUGGGUAUGCAACAGACCUCAAAUCAGGCUUAGAAAUUUAAAAAAAUAUAUAUUUUUUGUUGGGACAGGGUGGAACGGAAUUGAAUAGCGAUGCCCGUCAAAGUGC